AUGCCUGAAAUCCCCACCUUCGACAGCCUCACCCUCGACCCCGCCGGACCCCCAGGAAACACAUGGGGCCUUUUCGGCCGCGAUAACGACCUCGGCAUGCUCAACCUGCUCACCCCCGAGACGGUACGACGCGCCGCUGCAGAGGAGAUCCGCGACGGGGUGCGUUUCUCGCUGGAUCUGCCGCUCGAUCACAUCAAGACCCCGAGUUUCGGGCGGAAGCCGUUUGUACAGGAGUUGGUGAAUCGAGCCCCGAGGAGCGUCAAUGACGAUGUUUUGGUGUUUAAUACGCAGACGAGUAGUCAAAAACAACCAGCAUGGGUCCAAAAAGGCGGCAUCGUCGGCCGCGGCAUCCUCAUCGACUACGCCACCUGGGCAGCCAAGCACUCCAUCCCCCUCACGCCCUUCACGUACAGCAACAUCCCUCUCUCAUUCCUCCAACAAAUCAUCCAAGAAACGAACCUCACCCCCCGACCCGGCGACAUCCUGUUCAUCCGCACCGGCUUCACAGCCGCAUACGCCGCGCUCUCCGCGUCCGAAGAAUCCGCCCUCGCGCAACGCCCCGCAGCAGAUUUCUGCGGUGUCGAGAACGGCGAACGCACACUGCGCUGGCUCUGGGAGAACCAAUUCGCCGCGAUAGCGAGCGACACGCCGAGCUUCGAACCCUCGCCGAUCUUACACGCGAAUGCGCCGCUCGAUCAUACGCUGCAUCAGUGGUGUUUGGCGGGUUGGGGGAUGCCUAUUGGGGAGUAUUUCGAUUUGGAGGAUUUGGCGGCGUAUUGUAGGGAGAAGGGGCGGUGGUCGUUCUUUUUGUCGAGUGUGCCGUUGAAGGUACCCGGGGGAGUCGCGAGUCCGCCGAAUGCAGUGGCUAUUCUAUGA